AUGGAUCGUCUUCCUCAAGAGCUUGUCCUUGAUAUACUAUCAAGGCUUCCAACCCCAAGCUUAGUUCAAUCCAAGUCCGUGAGCCGAGGCUGGCGUAUCUUAAUACGAGACCAAGCGCUUGUCAACAAGCAUUUCAACCGCGUGGUCGAGAACGACCCCACCUUCAUUUUACAAAUCAGGGAUCAACCCGCCCAAAACCAGCUUUAUUUUGGAGAUUUCUCAAACCAUGGGGACGUGAUGAUCAUAACAAAGAAGCUCACCAUGCCACCAUUGCCAACUUUCCAUUUGCUGAGUUCAUGUAAUGGAUUGCUAUGCUUGCGUGGCACUCACGGAAGCUUUGGACUGAUCUGUAUUUAUAAUCCUUUCACCAGGGACUAUAUAGAGUUGCCGAAGCAAAUAGCAAAGCACCCUAGUCAUCAUGUGGGGGUGUUGGGAUUUGGUCUCGAUUCUACCACAAAGAAGUAUAAGGUUGUUGAGGUUUUAUAUAAAGGAAUAACUCGUAGAGCUCCUCUGAUUGCAGCAUCCUCUUCUUCAAUUGAAUCUGUGGUUCAUAUUUUGAGUGUUGGUAGCCCCUCAUGGAGAAAUUUGGGAAGCUUUCCAUUCCAUUUUAUGUGGCAAAAUUCUCAGGUUUUGGUCAAUGGGAAACUGCAUUGGAUUUCUUAUCCCGAUAAAAACAUUGCUACUAAUCGUAUAAUGUCCUUUGACUUGGCUAAUGAACAGUUCCAGAAGGUCCCUGGGCCUGAUUGCAUCAGUUCGGACAGGCAAUUUCAUGAAAUUGUGGUUCUACGAGGUUGCCUGUCGGCGGUUUCUUUUAAUGACGAUGAUAGAGAAUUGGAGAUUUGGGUUAUGAAGGAGUAUGAUGUGAGGGAGUCUUGGGUCAAAGAAUUUAGCAUUGGAGCUUACGUACCAAGAAUAUUGCAGCCGAAUGAUGUGAGGGAAUCAUUGAAUAGUUCCAUGUAUUACUCGCCUAAAAAGUGCAUGCGAGUCCUAUGCCUGUUGAGGAGUGGAGGGAUCUUAUUAGAGUACAAAAGUAAAGCAGUCGUUGUCUAUGAUCCCCAUUGCAUGACAUUCCAGGAUCUUCAACUUGCAUUUGAAGGGAUUCCGAGGUGUUUCAGGGUUGUCCUUCAUGCUGCAUGCCUCAGUUGGAUCGAUGCAUUUGUCAAUACGUAA